UAUACGUAAAUGUGUGAGUAAAUAUUUGAUAGAAACUGUAAACAUUGACAAGGUUAUCGAAGUGCGGUGGAAACCUGUUGACUCAGUAAUGGGAAACCCGUCUAUAAAUAAAUUUCUUUAUAAGCAUUAAAAAUUCAUUGUUAAGUGUCACCGGUCAUUAAUGACCCAUUCACACCAUUUAAAUUUUCGUUAACAGGUUUCAUCAACAACCCAAUUAAAAACGCAUUGUGUCGAUUUAAUGGUACUUCCUCCGACGUGUUCCGAUAAUUCGACACACCCUAUUACCCACUAACAAGUGCGAAAAAGCAAUUUAAAUUCAAGCACGAAAAUGAACUGUAUUAUUUUAUCUAAGCACUAUCACGAAGUCACUAAAAAUGCACGCUGUAGUACUAAUAGUAGUACUAUUUUUAACACUAGUUGCAAACGCUGACGACUUAGCCCUUCAGGAAAUAGUCAACGCGAACAACCGCUUCGCCUCUUCGCUCUACAAGACCAUCCACCUCAGCAGCAACCGCAACUUCGCCAUAAGCCCAUUCAGUGCAGGAGCAGCCUUCGCCCUCAUCCAAUCAGGGUGUAAAGGCCGUACCGCCGACGAAAUCCGAACGGCCCUUCACCUACCCAACAACAAAAACGCAAUCGAAGCCGGUUUUAAAACCCUCCUUCCGACUUUAAAAGGCAACGGCUUCUACACAUUCCACUUUGUCACCAAAGUCUACGGCAAAAAGAACCUCCCCUUCAAAAAAACCUUCAAAACUGUAGCCAAACAAGUGUAUUUAGCCACAACCGAAAGCAUCGACUUUUCGAAAAGGGCGAAAGCCGCCAAAACUAUAAACAAGUGGGUGGAGAAGAACACCAAAAACAAGAUCAAAAAUAUGGUUUCGGCUAGCAGCUUUGGAAGUGGUACCGGUAUGGUGGUUCUCAAUGCGUUCUAUCUACAAGCCAACUGGUCAAACCCUUUUCCUCCGCUUUCGGCACGCACACUUUUCUAUAAAAAUCUUGACAAUGAGAUUUUCGUUGACACGUUGCUCCAAAACGAGGCCCACCUUUAUAACUUGUACGAGAGCGUGGAGUUGAAUGCCAGAUUUUUGGAGCUACCGUUUCAAGGAGGAGAGGUGUCUAUGGUCAUAGCGCUACCGAACGCCAAAAAUGGUUUGGGCAAUCUAGAAAACCAGAUUGAGAAAGUUCUAGAACCGCAACCGUUCGUGGUAGAAAAUGUGGUUGUGGUUGUGCCGAAAUUCAAGACUGAGACUAGGGGGUACCUGAAGAAUAUCCUGCAAGCGAUGGGGGUUAACGCUCCUUUUGAGAAAAAAACGGCUGAUUUGAGCGACGCUGCUGGGAAAAAAGGGAGUUUGUUUGUUAACAACGUGUUACAGAAGGUUUAUUUUAAGGUGGAAGAAGGGGGGAUAGAUGCUGCUUCUAGUACUGCUACAAAUACAGAGAGAAGUGCAUCUCCUGCUGCUUUUUUACCGACGAAGGAGUUCAUAGCGGACCAUCCUUUCAUCUAUUACGUAAAGGUUAAAGAUUUGAUUGUGUGCAUUGGUCGGGUUUUAGACCCCACGCAACAAUAAAAAUAAUCAGAAUGUUGUAAAUGUUUAAUAAAACCACACAAUGAAUUACGUUAAUGUGGAAAACACAACACUCCUAUUUCCUAAUCGUAACGAAGCGGAGUCCAAGAACUGAUAAAUCGGGAAAACCGCGACUUUGCAAUCUUUACGUUCGGUGUUAUCACUUGACCUCAGAGCGACGUUUUGAUAUCCAUUUUCAUAAACACACAGUUAUUUUAACCAAGAUGAAGCUCUUUUACGUUCUCUUUACAACGACUCUAGUUUUAUCCGCCGAAGUAGAUUUUAAAACGUCAAACAAAUUAUUCGCAGCCACUGCCUACAAG